CUUGUAUUACUGAAGCACCAUCAUUUUUAUGCCUAUAUCUUUGUACAUGUGUUGACAUGCUUAAAGUGGAGGUCUAAAUAUUUUCAAUAUAUGAAUAUUUAAUUAGGGUCCAGUUUUGGCAUAUUUCUACUUUUAUUUCAUUUAGUCACCGUUAGAGGGCGUGCAAGACUUAACCACGGCAAUAACCAGUGGAGAAGGAGCGCAUUUCAACUUGAUUAAAAUUACCAAAGGAAACGCCAUGGCAAAUGUAAAAUGUUUAACUUUAGCCAACGGUGCCAAAAUGCCAAUGGUUGGACUUGGAACUUGGAAGUCAAAGCCUGGUGAGGUUGCAGAAGCUGUGAAGAAGGCCAUUGGUGUUGGCUAUAGAAUGAUAGACUGUGCCUUCAUCUAUGGGAAUGAACCAGAGAUAGGGCCUGCUAUAAAGGAAAAGAUCAGUGAUGGAACAGUGAAGAGAGAAGAGCUAUUUAUAAUUAGCAAGCUUUGGAACACCUACCAUCGAAAAGAUUUGGUGAAAAAGUGUAUAACACAGACCUUGAAUAAUCUACAACUGGAUUACCUGGAUAUCUAUUUAAUGCACUGGCCAAUGGCAUAUAAGGAAGAUGGAGAAAAUGUACCAAGGGAUGAAGAUGGAAAUAUAAUCCUGUCUGAAAUUGACUUCUUGGAAGCUUGGAAGGAAAUGGAAAAACUUGUUGAUGAGGGUUUGACCAAGGCCAUUGGGUUGUCAAAUUUCAACAGCAAGCAGGUUCAGAGAAUCUUUGACAACUGCAGAAUCAAACCUGCUAACUUGCAGAUCGAGAUUAAUCCAUAUCUUAGCAAUGAACGUUUGGUCAAUUUUGCCCAUGAAAAGGGAUUGACAGUGACAGCUCAUAGUUGUUUGGGUUCCAAUGAUAGGCCGUGGGCAAAGCCAGAUGACCCCAAGCUGUUGGAGGACCCAAGGCUUCUGGAAAUUGCCAAAAAAGUUGGAAAAAGUCCUGCUCAGGUUGUCCUGCGCUGGGGGAUCCAGAGGGGCUAUGCAGUUAUUCCUAAGACUGUUAGUGAGGAAAGAAUGAAGGAAAAUCUGCAG